AUGGCCAAAUCACCCGCCCAUUCGAUCUCCCCGGACCACCCGUACCAAAAGACGUACGCGAGCCGUCCCAAGGCGACGUAUGGAGCGAGCCGGCGUCCUAGCCCGCAGAUGGGCCUGGCGAUGCUCAAAGACACGAUCCCCUUGACGACCUUCCUCGGCUUGGGCGCCUUGUUGCAAUACCUCGUUACCCUCGCGUCCCCUCCGACGUGGUGGUGGACCAAGUGGGUCUUACCGCUGCUCCUCAUUCUCGCGCCAUGGGUCAAACCAACCAUGAUUCAUUACGGUCUGAGCACGUCCCCCGAUCUUGACCGCGUCAUGCCGGGUAAGUGGAUGGCCCGCAUGCCAGGAGGUGAAGAAGAUCCCACGACCGGUCGAGUCCAAUCUCCCGAGUUCGUCAUCUUCAUGAUUGGUGCCCGUUUCCAUGGACCCUUUGGUCGUUUCUCAUCGAGUUCCAAAAAAUUGGGCAAGGCGUUCAACGAGAUGUGGGCCCAACUUUCCGCCGACCCCGACUCGGGUCUGCUCAACGUUGACAUGUACCUCGGCACCUCCGAAUGGAGAAACAACAAAUUCAAGGCCGUCGCCGUGUUUAGGAGCAAGGAGGAUCUAUGGAAGUUUGCGAGGGGCCCGUUACACUCCAAGGUGUGGACGGAUUAUUACAACCUCGGUGGGUACGAGGAUCGUGGUUAUGAGAUUUGGCACGAGAUGUUUGUCGUAAGUUCCUUUUAACUUGGGAGAGUAUAGAACCCCAACUUUUUUUAUUGUUGAAUGACUGAUCCAAAACGCCCUAACCGCUUCCUUCAGGUCAAAGAAGGUGGCUUUGACGGCAUCUACGCCAACCACGACCCUUCAGGCAAUACGAUGGCCAACAUUUUCCGUCAACUCAACGAGAUCGACCCCGAAGGAACUCGCAGCGAAGAAGGCGAUCGUUGGAAGUCCAUCCUGGUGCCCAUCGACAGUGCCAAGACCAAGACUUCGGCGGGGAGGAUGGGUCAGGAGGAGUAUAAGAGUGAGAAGGAGGAGUUGGUCAACAAGUAG